AUGCCGCUUAAUCUGACGGCCGCCCAUUCAUCCCGCAUCAAGAAACCGUCGUCCGGGUCUCGCCAGAAGACCCCCUUUGCCUCGUUCCGCCGCACCAAGGCCCCCGCCUCGCCUGCCCACCAGAGCGAUGGCAAGCAAGACGAGUCCGAAGCGCAGCCCAUAGCUGGGAGCGGCAGCGGGACUGCUCGAAGCAGCAGCGGCAACGGCAAGGGUAACUGGAUAUUCGAUGAGUCGCUCCCAGACCUUGGCCCGUCACGGGUCCUCGCAGAAUCGACCACCGUCAGCACCGUGACUCAGGCCGUUGAGUAUAUCCAGAACACGAUGUUCAGUGCUAUUCCAGAGAGGCGGUCGGGGAUGAACGGCGCGAGGAUUGCGCAGGUCAUGGCUUUCAGAAAGUCACUUCCACCGAUCGUGUCCGUGGCGCAUGUCCAUGUCCUGCUUAAUGAGCCAACGAGGGUGGAGAAGGAUAUCGUGCAGUUGAUUGACUCGGCGGUUGUACGGAGAUUGCUUGUUACUGGCCGUGGCGAUGGGACGUAUGGGCUGGGCGACUGUCUUGUCUCGUUAGAUGACUGGGAGAGGCUUAUCAGAAGCAGCACGUCUCUGGAUGAUGCGUUGAAAGACCGCUUCACCCAGGCUUUACGGAAUGACACGAAAUCGCCUGCAGUGCCUGCUGGGUUCUUCUCGCCUGAAGAAACAGCGGCACUCGUCCGCUCGGGCUUCCUGGUCACGGCAUCAUCCCACUCCAAGAGCGGCUACAUCAACCUCGGCCGCUCAACCGCGUCUGCCGCGUCCACAGAUCAUACCAGCAACGCAUCCGGAGAACGUGGGUCAACGAUGAUCCUCUCUCUGCCCAAUAUGGGACCAUACCUCCGACUCCUCGGUGCGGCACGCACCCAUAUCCUAGACACACUUCGAAAGUCUCGAUACAGCGAGGCGCCUGUCUACCUGAUUCGUGACCGAUGGGAUGGUUCUAUAGAGCUGAAUUCCCGAGCGAGCAUCGCGAAACACGCUCGCGGUGAGUUUUCUGGCGUUCUACCUGGAAGGACGAACAAGUGGAAGCAGCUGUACGGGUUGGACUUUCGAUGGGCGCUGGAAGAAGCGCUGGGCGCGGGUCUCAUCGAGAUCUUCAACACGGGGAGCGUUGGGCCGGGAAUUCGGAGUAAACAUCUCUUCUUCUUCUUCUUCUUCUUCUUUUCUUCUCUUCUCUUCUCUUCUCUUCUCUUCUCUUCUCUUCUCUUCUCUUCUCUUCUCUUCUCUUCUUCUCUUCUCUUCUUCACGGCCGUCAACAACAGUUAUAUCCAUCCUGAUAUAUCAUUCAUAUUGACCGUCAAGACACUCGUUUCAUUGUUUACGUCGUUCAUCUUUUCAAUUUAUUUCAUCUUAUUCUCAGUGUUUAUUGCAUUUAAGGGGUUGAAAAUGGACAAGACCGCUAAGGAAUUGUCUAAGCCAACGCCAGAAGCAGCCGAACAAGGACCAUCACAGCCACUCAACGCAGCGGAGGCAUCGCAGUCCUCGGCAUCUGCGCCGCAACCGCAGCCACAGCAGCCUAAGCAAGGACAGGAGCCUCAACCAGGACAACAGCCUACGAAAGGACAGGGGCUUCCGCCAGAACAGCAGCCUUUGAACGGCCAGACGGAGACAAGUGAAAUCGGGCCUGCUCUUCUUCCCGAACAGCCACAAGAACCCCCCGGAGGUAAUUUGCCAAACUAUCUCCAUGUCAGGCCAGUUGAACUCGGUAAGAUACCAGAGAAUGAGAAGCUUCCGACGGUAUCUGGCCAGGUUUACCCGGAUAUACGCUUGUUCAUUCAACACGGCCUUGACGAAGCAUUUAAUGUUAUCCAGAGCAGGGGACCAUCUUAUGACGGUAGAGAUAUCUAUCCCAACUCACUAAAGUCGCCUGGCUGUAAGGGUACCAGGUGUUUCUUUUCUCGUCGCGCCAUGCAGCGGCUAGACAUCACCUUGCCUAAUGGCCAACCUGGUGGUACCCCACGCCAUGUGAGUGAGUCGUGGUAUGCGAGGUGGUCUAGCCAUAUGGAUAGGAAUCAGGCAGGGUAUGCUACGUUUGGUGAACUGAAACGUUACUGGAAAGACGGGCAUACGACAUAUCUCCCAAACGAGCUAGGACUGGUUGGAUGGCGAGAUGUUACUGCUGAAGUAUGCUGGAUUGAACGAUCUCCAAGUUUUCUAUCAUCUCAACGCAUAUUCGCUGUACUAGUCCUCACUGGCGCCAAGGCUAUUAUGCCUGAUCACCUUGCACAACCAAAGCUCCCUGUGAGCGGAGCGAGUCCUGCCUCUCAACCAACGCAACCUUCCGAAGGUAGAUCGCCUGAUUCUGUGUCUGAGGUCUCGAGGAAUCCGCCAACAGUACCUAUCGAGAGUGUCCAGACCUUGAAUUAUGUGCCGCAUGGCUGGCUAGAUAACCUGGUCGUUGCCCAUAUUCCUCUCAAAUAUACCGGUAUCCCUGGCCGACCGAAAGAGCAUUGGUUUAAGCGAACCAUCUACCCGGCAUACGCCUCCGUGGGGAUGGUCCAACAGCACCUCAAAACCGAACAGCAAAUGAGAGAUAACACGCCCCCGGAUUAUACGUGGAAAUUUACGCUUGCGGUCUCGCCAACGGCUGAGAGCAAAAUGCCCUCGAGCUUGCAUGAAAACCUGUACGUUGGCGUACCAAGUCUCAUCAAUGCUGAACCCGGAAAAUUUAUGAAGAUGCUCAAGUCACAGCGCAAACAGAAGGUGCCAGCACGGAAAUAG